AUUACCCCGCCCACCUUGGUGUUAACUCACUCCAUGAGGCGUAGUCUUCUUUUGACUAUCCACUUUGCAACACACAUACCUCAACCCCGAUUUAACUCUACUAUGGCUACAAACUCAGUUCCAGAAGUCAUGAAAGCCGUGCAAAUGCGCAGAACCGGUGGACCUGAAGUGUUGCAGUAUAAGAUGGACUUUCCAGUCCCUGUUCCAGGUGAUGGGGAAAUUCUUGUUCAGAACGAAUUCAUUGGCAUCAAUUUCGUUGACGUUUAUUGGCGCAUGGGUAUGAUGGGAAUGGCCCCAAAUGGAAUCAUCGGACGCGAAGGCGAAGGAAGAAUUGUUGCCUUGGGCCCAGGAAAUCACCGAGGCUUGAAUAUUGGAGAUCGAGUUGGUUGGCUCUCCAUGGGAGCUUAUGCUGAAUACACCGCUGUACCGGCUCCACUGGCGCAUCGUCUUCCCGCGGAUAUCGAACCUGGUAUCGCCGCCGCUAGCCUUAUGCAAGGUCUUACGGCUUUAGCAUUAAUUCACAAGGUGACUCAGGUUAAAGAGGGGGAUUGGAUUCUGGUGCAUGCGGCAGCUGGAGGCGUAGGGUCAUGGUUGUGCCAAUUGUUGAGCCCUCUAGGGGUUAAGAUCAUCGCUACAGCCAGCACUCCCGAGAAAUUGCAGUUAGCAAAGGACAGAGGUGCUCAAUACAUCGUGAACUACAAAGAGGCGGAAUUUGUUGAGCAGAUACAACAAAUCACUGGUCAACACGGGGUAGACGUAGUGUUUGAUGGAAUCGGCAGAGAGCAGACUGAAAACAACAUGAAUCUCGUAGCCAAAAACGGGUCGAUCAUUACUUACGGGGCAGCGUCGGGAGCUCCUGGAUUUAUUUCUCAGCAGAGGUUAGCCGCAAAGAAUAUCAGGCUUGUUGGACCCGCCGAGACAGCAGUCAUGCGACAUCUGGGACUUGAGUUUGGUUUCUGGUGUUCCAAGCUGAUGGAAUCGAUCAAGGAAGAUAAGAUCGACGUCAAGAUCCAUCAUACUUAUGUGCUGUCAGACAUUGUCCAAGUUCACCAGGACUUGCAGGGACGAAAGACGACCGGGAAAGUCCUUGUAAAGCCGUAGUGGAUGGCCUUCGUAAGCCGACUGAUGCAAAACUCUGGGUCUGACUGGAAAGAACCGUGCAGGCCAAUAUUAGUAGAAUAAUAGGAAUCAGAUUUGUGACAACCCUAUCAUCGACUAAUACGAAACCUCGAUGUCGUGAUAUGACACGUAGAUAUGUCUCAGGCAUUCAUCUUGAACUAUUGAAUUAAUAUCCGUGAGAUUAGAAAAGCGGGGAAGGGACAUACUUCACCAGCACCUCGGCCGACAUACUCGGCUUGAAUGAGUAUUCGAGCGCUACUCUCAACACACAUAUCUAUGGUUUGAAAGGACGCAGUGGGCUGGUAUGUGCCCGUUGUUUACACAUCAUAAUUUUCUCCGCAUGUUCAAGUUCUGAAUGGAUGGACCGGUU